AUGAGCCAACCACAACAAACCUCAUCAUCCUUUGAUUCUUCAUCGACCUCAACACCUUCUUCGAAUACAUACAUUCCGAGACAUUUAUUAUCUGCUCAUCUUCAUGAGAUGGUAAAUCCAGAUUUUCUGAAUCGAUUCUUGUCGUUGGAAAGUUCGAGAUCAUUGAUUGGAGGAAGUAUGAAGGAUGUGUUCGGAGAUGAAUUUUCCAAGCUUGUGUUUGACUGUGUUUAUUAUUAUGAAGAGGCAUUAGUGGAAGAGCAGAAUACCCUCUAUUCUAAAGUGAAGGCAAAGAUACAACAAUAUAUGGAUAAUCAAGAGGAAAAUGAAUGGGCUAAAGAGCAUCAUGUAUUCAUUGGCGAUGAUGAGGCUCCAAUGGGUUCAAUGGGUUCUGAAACAACACAACAAUACACUCAUUUACUUGCCAAGUUGGAUGAAUUGAAAGAACAAUAUGAAACAAAAUUGCCAUCCAUUGGCGAUCGGACUCGCUUGAUUGAUGUUUUGGACGAUUUACAUGUGGUGUUACUUUCUGCUGAAGAUUACAAAAUGCAACUAUUAAGCUUACUCGAUCAGGCAAGUGGAAGACCAAAAAACAGACCUAUGGAAAAGCUCUCCAUUGUAUCUCAUCAUCAUCCUCAUGCUCAUCUCAAAUAUAAUGAUUUUAAUACCAUGAUUGGAGGAUUAGAACCAUCUGAAGAGUUAUUUUCAAGAGCCAAAGAAUAUGUGGAGACCACGUUUGAGAUUUUCGAAAAAUGGCAACGGGAUGGAAUGACCUCUGUGGAUAAAUGUAUUCAGAAUACGAGUGAUGAGUCGCCGAAUCAUAGUCCUUCCAUUGACACGACCCCCUAUGACUUGGUGCUCAAGCAAUAUUCAGUACUCUUUUACGAUCUCUAUCGACGAGUGUUGGAUUCAUUUCGAUGUGUCUCUCUCUUUGCAGUCACUGUUGCCAACUCUGAUAGUAGUAAGAUUGUUUUCAUUGGAAGCACGACUGAUAUCAAGAAAAAUUUUGUUCAGUUCAGGCCCUUAUCCUUUCAAGAACGAACUGAUGUCACACUCAUGUUAGAGUUAUGUGCCAAGUUGUUGCAUCCAAAAUAUGAAGGUUAUGUCAAGAAAAUUCAUUUAUUCACACUCGAUGAAAAUCAUCACAGACCUGUCGAAUUGAAUCCUGACGCACCAUUCAUUAUUGGCAGAGUUGCAAUUGAGCUUCAUCGUCGUUAUGCACCCGAAAUGAACAUGUUAGUGAGUGGUUCUUCAGAAUACAUGGUGGAUUCAAGUUCUUUGGACAAGAUACAUCAUACACGCAGUUUUUAUUGA